AUGAGUGCCAAGAUCGGCCUCUUCCCAGCAUCCGGGGCUCUCGGAACAAGCAUUUUGAACCACCUUUCGAAGCUGCUCCCAGCAUCACAACUUAUUCUCAUCGCUCGGCAUCCUGAGAGAUUGGAGGAGUUCAAGAAAGAGGGUGCCACAGUACGCCGGGCGGACUAUGACGACCCAUCGACAUUACAGACAGCCUUCGAAGGCGUAGAUAUCUUGAUGUUGAUAUCAUAUGCAUCCAUUGAAAUUGAGCACCGAGCGAAGUCCCACAAACGUGCAAUUGAUGCUGCAUCCAAGAGUGGUGUCAAACACAUCUUCUACUCAUCGCUUGGAUUCGGCGGCAACCUUAGCGACAAAAGUGCUGCCCACGUAAUGGGCGCGCAUCUGGAGACAGAAGAGUAUUUAGAUUCACAUGCAGGGGAUUUCACGUACACCUCCGUUCGUGAAGGUAUCUACUCUGAGUCAUUCCCGAUAUACACAACUUGGUUCGAUCUACAGAACCCUACAGAUGAGAUCAUGAUUCCUCACUCUGGAGGGGGACCUGGUGUCGCGUGGGCAAAGCGUGAUGAGUUGGGCGAGGCUACUGCAAAAUUAAUCGUGUCGUAUACCAAUGACCCUGCGAAGUUCCAAUAUCUGAAUCAGCGCGUGCUUCUUUCGGGGCCACGGGAGAUAUCCCUUGCUGAGACGGUCGAUAUAUUGGGCCGGGCUACUGGGAAAUCUAUCAAGAUUCGGGAGAUUUCUGCAGAUGAAUAUGCUGCUCUUCCUCAAAAUGCUGAUUUCCUUACUUACCAUGGGGUCAAUCUUUCGAGGGAGUGGGCUACUGCCUGGAAGGCUAUCAAACUGGGUGAGACUGCUGUUGUGUCACCUGCCCUUAGCAAAAUUUUGGGACGUGAGCCGGAAAGUUUUGAGACCACAAUCAAGGCAAUGAUCAAAUGA